UUUGCAGUUUCCACGCAAGGGAAAUGAAGAUCACAACGAGUUUCGUGGUCGUGGCGCUGGUGAGCUGCCUGGCUGCUGCAGAAGAGUCCCCUCAAAAUGAGUCAGAACAUGAAGCAAAGUUCUUCAUAAAACGAUACUCGACGCGAACAUGGACCUUCCUGUCUUCCUUUACAUCUACCGUGCUCUACACCUGUUACUCCACCUCGGAUCCGUUCGAAGCGUGCGAAAAGCGAAAGCUCCGUCGAAUCAGAAAAAUGGACGUCUCGUUAUCUGAAGAGCCGGAGGUGGACCUCGCCGGCAGCCUCGGCGACGAUGAGCUCGGCGAGGAGAAGACCGACGGAGAAAAGGCUUUCUUCAGAGUGUGGGUGACCAGCAGCACGACUGUCACGGUGACGACAUACUCCACCAACAGAUCCGUCACUGUGUCAGCUUUCGCCUUAUGCAGUUACAAUGGCGUGGUCCUGAAUAUAUGUUAACGUUGCCAUGAAAAUCUGGACUGUUAGCCAUUUGUUAUCAUUGUCAGCACUGACACGGUUCCGAAUUUAUGUGUAUGAGUUCAGGUUUGCCAAAGAAGCUUCAGGCAUUGAUUUAUUAUGAAAAUCUAUAAAGGCUACUGACACUGAUGAAAAUGGACUUUCUUACGUCAUAAGUUGAUGUUGUGAAUGUACAUAAUUGACCCUGUAUGUAUAUAAAAUCAUAGAGACAUUA